AUGGAUGACGGCCCGAGCGUCUUCAUGUACACAGCAGUGAUGGGUCUUUGCCAGAAGGUGGGCCUCUGGCAAAAGGCUUGCGAGCUUGCCUCGACGAUGCCAGGCGCCAGAGUUCUGGCGAACGAGCUGACGAUGAACACAGGCAUCAGCGCCUUCGGCAGUUGCGUGCUGUGGCGAAAGGCAUUGCGUCUUCUGGCUUCUUUCGCUUCAGUCCGGCUUGAAGCUGACACUGUCUCCUUCAACGCAACCACCACAGCCUGCGAGAAGGGUGGGCAAUGGAAGAGGUCCUUCCAACUUCAAUCGGAUCUCUUUGCCUCAAAAACCGACGCCGACUCGAUCAGCUUCAACGCCACGCUGGCUGCAGCUGAGAAGGCCGGGUUGUGGCAGGGCGCGCUUGAGACCGUGUCUCUCAUGGCCCACCACCGGGUCACUCCAACUGUCGUCACCUUGAACUCUGCAUUGACUGGUUGCCACCGGGCUGGGCAGUGGCCGAUCGCCCUGGAGCUGUUGUCAGCAACCUCCGGGAGCCUGGUGCCAGACAGGGUAAGCCUGAACGCGGUGAUCAGUGCUUGCGCCACCUCUGCGCAGUGGCAGUUGGCGCUUCACCUUCUUGCAGGAAUGCCUGCCCAGUCACUCCUGCCUGACACCAUCACCAUCAGUGCCGCCAUGCUCGCAUGCGUAGAAGACGGAUGCUGGAGCAUGGCCUUACAGCUCUUCUCAGCCAUGCAAUCCUUCGGAGCAAGUGCGGAUGCGCUGGCCUACACCACGGCCAUCUCAUCAUGUGGGCUUGGGGCGAUGUGGGACUUGGCCCUGCACCUCCUUGCGGACAUGAGGGAGCGAGACCUCCUGCCCGACACCGUCACCUGCAGCGCCGUGAUCAGCGCUUGCGAGGCUUCCGGCCACUGGGAGGCAGCUAUCCAUCUGCUCGCGCACAUGCCGGCGCUCAGUCCAAAGCCCAACGUGGUCAGCUUCAGUGCGGCCAUCAGCGCCAGCGCGCGAGGCAGACAGUGGAGGUUUGCUUUGGCAAUCCUCUCCGCAAUGGACCAAGAAGCAGCACGACCCAACAACAUCAGCUUCAAUGCCGCCAUCAGUGCUGUGGACAAGACCCUGCACUGGCAAGUGGCCCACCGACUCCUUCGUGCCCUGCCUGGAGCCGAGGUGAGAUCAAACGUCAUCAGCUUCACUGCCGCCCUCGGCUCCUGUCAGGUGGCCGGUUGCUGGGAGGUGGCGGCGCAGACGCUGUCGACGAUGUGGCGCGUCGCGGCCCAGCCCAACGAGCUGACGCUCCACGCCGCCAUCGCGGCGUGCGACGUGGGCUGCCGGUGGCAAGCGGCGCUUCGGCUGCUGGCAGGUCUAGGUCUAGGCGUCUUGGCCCAGGGCGCAGAGCUGGUGGAAGACGAUCCGAAGAACUUGCCUAGGAGGCUGCAGGCACAGGGCGAGCUGCGCACGCAGGCGCAGACGGAGUCCGAACACGCAGCCCUGCAGGAGGAGGACGGGCGUCUCCCGGCUGCGCGGCCUCCUGGCCCUCCCACAUCUGCGGAGCCCAGGCGCAAGUGGGAGCCACCAGCGCAUUUCCCACUGGAGUACCUGGCCCCGUUUAUGGGGGAGAACUUCCCUUCGAGGGGUAAGCCAAGGCUGGUGCAAGCACUCGCGGGUGCCCGGAUGGACUUGGAUGCGCUGCUGUGCCACGGCGUGCCUUUCAGUGACCAGCUGGGCGUGAACAUGAGGGGAAUGACAAAGGAGGACGUCGUCGAGAAGCUGAAGCAGCAAGUAUGGGCAAAUCGCACAAAGUUCCUUGGCACUGGAAGUGAGGCCGAGAAGACUCUUUACAAGCGAAGCCUCGACUGGGAACUGGAAGACUGGCAACAGGCCAUCUUCCUGCUGCAAGGCUUGGACCCUCGAGGAGAUCAGAGGGCCUUUUGCGAGGUCAUCAAUGGCUGCGCAGAGUCCUGGCAGUGGCCCACAGCGUUGCAGGUCUUGGCAGACAUCUUCGCCAAGAAGGCCCUGCCAAGCGUGUACCCGUUCAGCGCCGCGGUCAACGCGUGCGCCAAAGGCAAGCAAUGGGAGGCUGCCCUCGCCGUGCUCUCGGACAUGAAGACAGCCAGGACGGCCCCCAACGCUUAUAGCUACAGCGCCGCAAUCAGCGCCUGUGAGACGAGUGGGCGGUGGCAGGAAGCUUUGGAAUGCUUCGCCGAUAUGGCAGCCGGAAGAGUUCCAGCUAACGAAGUGGGCUUCAACGCCGCCCUCAGCGCCUGCAAGACAGGUGGCAACUGGAGGAUGGCGAUCUACCUGAUGUCGACCAUGCCCCUGGCAGCUUUGGUGCCUGACAGCAUCAGCUUCAACACGAGCAUCAGCGCGUGUGAUGAAGGCGGCAUGUGGGAGUGGGCUCUCUAUCUUCUCGCAGAGAUGCCAGCAGCCCGGGUCUCGCCAAACGAAGUCAGCUUUACCGCAGCCAUCCAUGCGCUGAAAAAGAGUGUAACGCCGGAGGGGAGAGCGUCGAAGCACUGGAGCGCUCCCCCUGACCUUCUGCUGGCCGUGCUGCGCCAGGCGGAGGUGGCCCCCGACCUGCCCAGCAUGAACACCUGCAUAAGCGAAUGUGCAGAUCGAUGGGAUCUGGCAUUGCACCUGCUCUCGCAGAUGCCAUCGUUCGGUCUGGUUCCUGAUGAGUUCACCUACGCCUCCUGCAUGGCUGCCUGUGCGCGUGGGGGACAGUUCCAGAUGGGGCUGGACAUAUUUGCGGACUUGAUGGCCAGCGACCAGGUUCUUGACCAAGGCUUGUGGAACUCUGGCAUCGCGCUCUGCGGUAGGGCUGGGGAGUGGCAGCGGGCUUGCGAAUUGCUGCUUCAGAUGCCUUCGCACAAGCUGGAGCCUUCUAGGGAGGACUUCAAUGCAGCAAUCGCUGCUUGCGCGACAAGCGGGCAGUGGGAGUCUGCCUUGCAACUCCUUGCGGAUAUGCUCGCUGUACAGGGCAAGCCUAACGAAAUCACGUAUAACUCAGCGGUGAAUGCGUGCGGACGGAGCCGCAUGUGGCAAAGUAGCCUGGCCCUGUUUGCAGAGAUGGAAUCCCUCGACAUCACGCCUGGCGUUGAUACCUACAUCCAGGCAGGAAGGGGCUGUCCCAAGUGCAGGAAGGUGGUGAGGUGCACAACCAGCUGGUUGGAUUUCCCACGGCUUCGUCAAGACGAAGAAGCGCUGAGUGUACAGCUGGCAUUGCAGAAGUUCGUGUAG